AUGGACGGCGGCUUGUGCAUAAACGAUAGUCUUGGAGACGAUGAGCUUCGGGCGGUGCUGUCAAAGGUCGAGCACGACAGGGACAAGGAAGUGUUCGGGCUGGUGUGCAAGCGAUGGCUCCGUUUACAGAGCACCGAGAGGAGGAAGCUUUGUGCUCGUGCCGGCCCUGACAUGCUCAACAGAAUCGCUGCUCGAUUCACGCACUUGCACGAGCUUGAUCUGUCGCAGUCGGUGUCGAGGUCGUUUUAUCCUGGCGUCACUGACUCGGAUCUUUCCGUUAUUGCCGCUGCCUUUUCGUCCUUGCGAAUUCUCAACCUUCAGAAUUGCAAAGGUAUAUCAGAUACUGGAAUGGCAGCUAUUGGAUCUGGGCUUUCUUCCCUGCAGUCUUUAGAUGUAUCCUACUGCAGAAAGCUUACAGAUAAGGGUUUAUCAUCUGUUGCCCAGGGUUGCCCCAACCUCAGAGUGUUGCAUCUUUCUGGUUGCAAAUUUGUAACCGAUGCUUUAUUAAUCUCUCUUUCAAAGAACUGCAAUAAUAUAGAGGAAUUGGGUUUCCAAGGAUGCAGUAAAUUAACUGACUUGGGAAUAACUGUUCUUGUUGCGGGGUGUCAAAGGCUGAAACACUUAAAUCUCAAUAAGUGCAGUAACAUUGGAGACAUUGCUGUAACUAGUGUAGCAAAAGCUUGUUCAUCAUCACUUGGAACAUUGAAGUUAAUGGAUUGCUGCAAGGUUGGGGAUGAGUCUGUAUUUUCCUUGGCCAAAUACUGUGAAAAUCUUGAGACACUCUUCAUUGGUGGAUGUCGGAACAUAUCUGAUGAAGCCGUAAAAUCAUUGGCUUCGUCUUGUCAUUGCAGUCUUAAGAAUCUACGCAUGGAUUGGUGUUUACAUGUUGCUGAUACAUCCUUGGACUGCAUAUUUUUGGUAUGCAGGGAGCUUGAGGUUCUCGACGUUGGUUGCUGUGACGAGGUGACAGAUGCAGCAUUCCAGGGGUUAGGAAAUGAAGAUUUCAAGUUGAGUUUGAAAAUAUUGAGGGUGAGCAACUGUCCAAAAAUUACAGUGGUAGGCAUCAGCAAACUGUUGAAAUCUUGUGAAAGUCUUGAGUAUCUUGAUGUGCGCUCAUGCCCCCAUAUAACCAGAAUGAGAUGCGAGGAGGCUGGAUUGCAGUUUCCGGAGAGAUGUAAAGUGAAUUUUGUUGGGGGUUUGGCCGAGCCAGAUGUGUUAUGCUGA